CUGGCACCGCCUGCCAGAAUCACAGCAGAUCUGAGCUUAUCGCAUCAUCGCAUCUGACCAUAAAUUAUUGCUUCAGUCAGAUCUUCACUGCCGGCAUCUCAAGAAGGGACUUACUUCUCACCUGAUGCUAUAGAGAUACACUUUUCUUUUCUCUUAUCUUCUCAGAUAAUCAUCUUUCCUCCCAACCUCUCUGCAGAACCGAGUCAACACCGCCUCAUCUUUGUUCACCACUUCCUCCAAGAGGCUGAGCUCAAACAGGGGCUAUGGAAGACCAGGUGACCCAGGAGUCCUGCCCUGUCCCGGAGCCGACGGUUGUGGAUCCCUGGCCGGCCACGGUGCGGAACGGCCAGUACGCAUCUGAUGGCUUCAGCAACCAUCAGCAGACCAGGAGCCCCACAGAGCCAGAGGCUUUCACAGGGAACCAGGAGAUGAAGAUUACUGACAAUGUGGACGGAGAAGGUCUUCUUGAGAGCAGCAUGCGGCUGAAACCCCAUGAGGCACAGAACUACAGGAAGAAAGCUCUUUGGGUCUCCUGGAUCUCCAUUGUGGUCACACUUAUCCUGGCUGUGGCAGCUUUCACUGUUUCAUUCAUGAGACACAGCGCAUCAGCCUUUGGAUUUGCUUUUGACGCCACACUGGAUGUCAUGUCAUCAGCCAUCGUCAUUUGGCGCUACAGCAAUGCAGCAGCAGUGCACUCUGCACAUAGAGAGUAUAUAGCAUGUGUGAUCCUGGGGGUUGUGUUUAUUCUCUCCUCCUUGUGUAUCCUGGGAAAAGCCAUCCAUGACCUGGCCACCAAGAUGCCUCCAGAAGUGGAUGACUUCCUCUACAGCGUGUCCAUAGUGAGUGGUCUCAGUUGUGCUGUGCUGGCUGUGGCCAAGUUCAUGUUGGGAAAAAAGCUGACCAGUCGGGCACUUACCACAGACGGGUUUAACUCUUUGGUUGGCGCUGUCAUGGGAUUCUCAAUUCUUAUCAGUGCUGAAGUCUUCAAACAUCAUGCUAAUGUCUGGUUUCUGGAUGGCACCAUUGGAGUUUUAAUCGGAUUCAUCAUUCUGGCCUAUGGAGUCAAGCUCUUGAGAGACAUGGUACCACGGGUCCGGCAGACAAGGAACUACGAACGUUUUGAAUGAAAGAGUCCAAUGCUAACCAGAAUCCUGGAUUAGAGACACCCAUCCUCACAGACCUGGGUGCCUCUUGCCCUCUUCUCUGUCAUCUUCCGUACACUCUAACAUCCACAGAAAGCUUGUCCAUUCACUGAUACAGCAAACAUCUCCAAUACAUACGUAUAUGUGAACAUACACUUUUACUAUAAAAAAAAAAAAAACUGUACAUAGUACAUUCAAAUAUUCAGUUAUUCAAGUCUGAGAGACCUUGGGAGAUGGAGACAUUGUUGAACAGCAUUUCAGCUGAGUCAAGUUUUUUCUUGUAUAGCUCCUAAUUGCACCAAGUUAUAAAUGACACCCUGGAUGAGGAAGAGCCAAGAUCAUAAACAAAUGUUCAAUAAGUUUUUUGGACAUUGAUUUGGCUAAAAAAAAAUUCACAAAUUCUGAUUUUUAUGUUGUUGAUAAAUGGGAAUAGGAGAAAGGUGGGUUUAUCCGUGUAUCUCAUUAAAGAAGACAUUCAAUGGGCUUUUAAAAAUAUAUAUAUUUAAUUUUCCUCAUAUUCAGGCACCAGGCAACCCACCAAUUUAUUAACUUAUUAAUCUUUUUAAAUGACCUGAUGGUGAAUAGCAUUUUUAAAUAUUAAAUGGAGGAAUUGCAUUGAAAUAAGCCUUUUUUUAAAUGUAUUAAUGUAAGACAUUAAGAAGUUGAUGCUAUAACUUCUGAAGACAUGAGGAAUUCUGUUAGGUUUCUAAAUUUUGAUGGGAGGAUUUGUCAAGCACAAAUAUUUGCCCUAAAAUGGAGAAGGAGAUUCUGCCAAUGUUUAGGUAUUUUGUACAUCUAGAUGUAAUGCUCUUUGUAAUAUAAUAAAGCACAGAUUACUGAACCAGCUAUAUUACUUGUUGGCUUCUGCUUACAGUUAAUCACAGUUAAUGGGCUUUGAAAACACAUAUAGAUUUUUUUUCUUAUGUUGUCAUGUUACAACAAAUACAUUUCAAAGUAUAGAUGUAAAGUUUAUGUGAUAAACACAGUGUAUAAUUGUGAAGUAGGCAGAGAUGGAUAUGCCUUUCUCUAAAGAAAAAACAUUGAAGUGUGGUAUAUAGAUUUGUAAUCAUCCCUGAUUAAAUGCGUUUUAGAACCACAUGUAUUUACAAAAAGUCUUUGGAUAUGUGAAUGUUUUGGCUAUUCUUCUUUUUACAAAAGACAGUAUAUUAAAUUAACCUUAAUAAUAAGCAGAUGGUCUGAUUUAGAGUUUUUGAGUGAAAGAAAAAAAUUUAAGACAGCUGUUUAUGUCAAAAAGCCGUACAGAAAAAUCAUUGUUUGUAGACAUUUUUCCUCUAAGGUAAAUAAACUGGAAACAAACGUUUUGAUGUUCUCUAAAGCAAGCUGUGCUUCACUAAUGGCUACAAAGGGUGUUUUAAAAGAACUUUUGUGGAAUACUUUAACAUUUCCCCACAACUGAUAGUAAUUAGGAAAUCUAUUAAGAAGCUCAGUUCAUAUUACAUAUUUGCAAUAGAAAAGUGUUAAGCUUGUCUAAACUAAUUUGUUUAAACAUAAGCAGAUUAAAAAUUACCCCAUUACAUAAUGGUGCUCCUGCAUGGUAUGGUUUAUAGAAUGUCCCAAACUACCAGGGUACAAAAUUAUGGAAUGAACUCACCAUAAACUCAAAGGUGGAGAGAUGCAGUUAGGGUAAUGUAAUGUGGGUCUGUUCUAUACGCCGAUGGAUUCUGAAGGUAACUGGUGUUACUGGAUUUUAUUGAAGGAUGUAAGACUAGAGGGGGCCAAAUAUAAAUUAUAAAUGCAGU